AUGCCAUCACUCAUCCCAACCCACAACAUGGCCUUCUACAACACACGGUCCACUUCGCAGGUGCCGACCACCAUGGACUACUACGGCAGCAUGACGACGACGGCAGCUCAGCCCAUGUCAAUGUCCACUUCCAUGCCCGGAGGGGCAUACGACCCCUACGCAGUGGCUCCUCUCACCAUGCAGCCACCAGCCCACGCCGGCCACCACCACAGCCACUCCACUGCAUCGUACCUAUCCACGGAUCCGCACCACCGCGUACCAACAUCUUCUCUUCCCACACAGCACCGCGCAUCAUCAGGGGCAUGGAAUGCUGGCGACGACCAGACACUGCUCGGGGCAAGAGCAAGCGGCCAAAACUGGGCGCAAAUCCAGCAGAACUACUUCCCCACCAAGACACCCAACGCAUGCCGGAAGCGACACGAGCGGUUGAUGGAGCGCAAGGGCGCCGAUGACUGGGACACGCGCAAGCUGGAGAAGAUGGCCCAGGAGUACAUGGCCUUGCGCAAGGAGAUCUGGGCCCCGCUCGCCCUCAAGACCGGCGAGAAGUGGAGUGUUGUUGAGCAAAAGUGCAUGUCCAACGGCUUGAAGAACCUCCAGGGCGCAGCUCGUGCAGCCGCCCGUCGCGAGCGCCUCGAGGCCGGUCUCCCACCCAACGAUCCCUACAAUGACGACAGUGGGAUAUCCGGCAUCGACCUUGAGCCAGUCGACGACCUCGACGGCGAUGCCGGCUACGGCGGUGUUCCUAGCCCGGACCGGUCCACAACCUCCUCGGGUGGCGCCGGCGGUAGCAGCACCGCGUCCCAGUCUUAUUCCACGGCACCCUCGACAUACGGCCACCCACAGGCUUACCCGGGGUAUCCCACAAUGGGCGGGCAUGGCUACGCGAACAGUGUGAGCAGCUCCAGUGGAACCGCCUACGGACACCACAAUGGCGCCCAAGGGCACCACAGCCAGAGUGCUAGCCCGUAUAUGGAGGCCAUGCACAGGAUGCCGAGCGUGGAUAUGGGCAUCGACUCUAUCAUCAACCGCCCCGGUGGGCAAUAA